CCCCGCGCACCGCCGCCACCGCUGCUGGGGUGGCCCUCACUGGUGCUGCCCGCGCGGCGCCCGCUGCCGCCUCUCGCCGCCGCCGCCGCUGCCGCUGCUGCCCGGGGCAUCUCCCGUAGGAGAGAAGCAGCAGAGAGAGAGAGAGCGGGAGACGAAGCGGGGGGAGAAGGAACGGACGGCCGACGAGGACGACGAGGAGAAGCAGCAGCAGGACGAGGAGGAGUCCCCCCCCCCCUCAUCCGCCUCCACGCGGAUAUCGAGCGCUCCCCAGGCUCGCGAUGGCCCCGGCAAGAUCUCCAUGACCGAUAGCGAGAAGAGAAGAGAGAGGGAGAGAGAGAAAGCCCCGACCUAAUUCACGACAAUAAGGUUCAUGCCUUGCGCGUUCCCCGCCCGGCAAUAAAAAAAAUUAAGGCGGGGCGGGGGGGGGGGGUGGCGGGCGGGCGGGGGUCGAACAACCGCGUAAAAAAUCGAGUUAUGAAAAAAAUUAGCCGGUCCUUGCGAAAGUCCUUCCACCUGAAGAGGAGCCGAGAGGAGGAGGAGACGGCGCCGGGAGCCUGCCACGAGCACGAGGGGCGGGAGGCCGCGACUGGCGUCGUCGUCCGUGGCGACGGAGGGGCGGACGGCGACGAGGACGACGCGAAGGGCCGAGCGAAGGGCGGCGAGGGCUUCAUGGGCACCCUGCGGAGGCGCCUCUCCUCCAGGCAGAGGGGCCGCGGGAAGGACGGCGACCGAGCGGCCCCCUCCCCCCCCGCGGCGGGGGCGGCCGCCGUCACGUGGGCCGGCGUCCCCUCGCCCGUCCCCGCGCCGCCGACCAACGGCGAGCGGCCGCCCCGGGCCCGCUGGUCUCCCGCGUCGGCGUCGUCGUCGUCGUCGUCGCCGUCGUCGCUGUCGCUGUCGACGGGCAGCCGCAGCGACCCCGCCGCGUCCCCCCCCUUCUCCGCGUCCCCGCCGGAGGCGAACGGCUCGAGGCGGGGCGGGGAGGCGGGCCGCUUGGCGGCACGGGCUCCUGCCGCGGGCGCGGAUGUCGCGCCCCGACCGCACGCCCGCUCCGAGGGCCGCCGGUGCGACGGGCUGAACGAGAACGUGCCGACGGACGACGGAACCGCCGCCGCCGCCGCCGCCGCCGCCGGAGUGCCUUUUCCCGAGUCUAUGCACGCCAGGAUGGAGUGCGGCGGUGGCGGCCUCCGCCUGGAGCUGAGGCUGCCCGGCUCGCCGACGGCAAACGGCCUCGACUGCAACGACAACCCGACGGGGCCGCGCGUCCCCGGGGCCGACGCGGGCCCGGGGGACUUUUCCGAGGCGCGCAAGGCCGACGUCGAGGACAUGGAGGAGGAGGAGGAGGAGGAAGAGGAGGAGGAGGAGGAGGAGCGCAGCUCGCCGUCGUCCUGUGCAAUGCUGCAGUCCGAGUCCGACCUGGAGGACCGGGGCACGCUGUGCAAGGCGAACGACAAUUUGCCUCCCACGCACGCGCCGGACGAAUACCGCGACGUGUCGGCCGGCGGCACGGGCACCGAGGAUGCCGUGCCACCGCCGGAGGAGGCAGACUCGCGCCGCGGUACGGGAGCGGCCUGUGCCAACGGCGCGGACCGCUCGCACGUCGACGCGCAGCGCGACCGGAACGUGAAUCUGCCCGGCGGCGCCGCGCGGCCGGGGCCGCGCGCUGCCCCUUGGCGGGGCCGCGCGUCGCGCCGUGCGACGGCGGCGUCGGUGACGGCACGGGGACGCGGCGUCCGGGCGCGGGACGCUCCCCGGGCGAGCGCCGCGCCGGGCCGGGCGCGGGAGCGGCGCCGCUGGACACGGGGGGCCGUGCCGCCGGGCGCUUGCCGCCUGUACGAGGGCGCCGGCAGGGCGGCGGCCACCAGCCUCACGGAGGAGCUGAAGAAGCUGGCGCGGCACGGCUGGUACUGGGGGCCCGUGACGCGGCAGGAGGCGGAGGAGAAGCUGGCGGCGCUGCCCGACGGCGCCUUCCUGGUGCGCGACAGCUCGGACGAGCGCUACCUGCUGAGCCUGAGCUUCCGGUCGCGCGGGCGCACGCUGCACACGCGCGUCGAGCACUCCAACGGGCGCUUCAGCUUCUACGAGCAGCCCGAGCUGGAGGGCCACGCUUCGGUGGUGCAGCUCGUCGAGAGCUCGGUGCGCGACUCGGAGAUCGGCGCCUUCUGCUACUCGCGCUCGCGCUUCCCCGGCUCGGCCACGUACCCCGUGCGGCUGACGACGCCCGUGUCGCGCUUCAUGCACGUGCGCUCGCUGCAGUACCUGUGCCGCUUCGUCAUCCGCCAGAGCACGCGCAUCGACCUCGUCCGCAGCCUGCCGCUGCCCAACAAGAUGAAGGACUACCUGCAGGAGAAGCACUACUGAACGGCGCCGCCACCGCUCAAGGAACCCCGGCCAAGCGGCGUCUCCCACCCAACCCUCGACUGAGCCCGGUCGCGCUCGGGGACCGCUCGCUCGCGAGAGCGUGGACAG